CAUUAGUCUAAAAACUACAACACUCAAAAGUUGUAACAACCAAAAAUGGAAGAUGCCAUCAUCGGCGUGGUGACUAUCGCUGCAGUUCUCCUCUUCUUCCUCUUCCAAAGAACCAAAACCAAACGGUACAAGCUACCUCCGGGCCCAAAGGCACUUCCGGUAAUCGGAAACCUCCACCAGCUUCAGAACCUUAACCCACAACAGUUCUUCUAUGGAUGGGCCAAAAAAUACGGACCAAUCUUUUCAUACAAGAUAGGAAGUAAAACAAUGGUGGUGAUAUCUUCUGCUGAACUAACCAAAGAGCUUCUCAAGACGCAAGACGUCAACUUUUCGGACCGGCCUCUCCACCGUGGCCAGGAGUUCAUGUCCUAUGGCCGACGUGACAUGGCAUUUCAUCAUUACACACCGUAUUACCGGGACAUAAGGAAGAUGGGGAUGAACCACUUGUUCUCACCCACACGUGUGGCCACCUUUAAGCACGUGAGGGAGGAGGAGGCUAGGAGGAUGAUGGAUAAGGUCGGUAUGGCCGCUGAUAACUCCAAAGCGGUCGAUAUAAGCGAGCUUAUGUUGACAUUCACCAACUCCGUUGUAUGUAGACAAGCGUUCGGUAAGAAGUACAAUGAAGAUGGGGAAGAGAUGAAAAGGUUCAUCAAGAUUCUUUAUGGGAGUCAAAGCGUUUUCGGGAAGAUUUUUUUCUCUGAUUUUUUCCCUUUUACUGGCUACGUUCUUGACGAUUUGACAAGGAUCACCGCUUAUAUGAAAGAAUGUUUCGAAAGACAAGACACUUACCUGCAAGAGAUUGUCGAUGAAACACUUGAUCCCUAUAGGGUCAAGCCUGAAACCGAGAGCAUGAUUGACCUCUUGAUGGAGAUCUACAGAGAUCAACCUUUCGCCUCCAAGUUCACUCUAGAGAAUGUCAAAGCCGUGGUCCUGGAUAUUGUAGUUGCGGGAACGGACACGGCAGCUGCGGCGGUUGUGUGGGGAAUGACUUAUCUAAUGAAGUACCCUCAUGUGAUGAAGAAAGCUCAAGCAGAAGUGAGAGAGUAUAUGAGAGAGAGGGGGUUAACGUUCGUCACUGAAGACGACGUCAAGAACCUUCCUUACUUCAGAGCCUUAGUUAAAGAGACGCUAAGGAUCGAACCGGUGAUUCCUCUCCUUGUCCCUCGCCGUUGCAGUCAAAACACCAAGAUCGCUGGCUACGACAUACCCGCGGGGACCACGGUAAACGUCAAUGCAUGGGCCGUGUCACGUGACGAGAAGGAGUGGGGACCAAACGCUGACGAGUUCAGGCCCGAGAGGUUUUUUGAGAAGGACGUUGACUUCAAAGGCACGGACUACGAGUUUAUACCGUUCGGGUCGGGCCGGAGAAUGUGCCCGGGAAUGCGUCUUGGUUCAGCUAUGCUUGAGGUUCCUUAUGCGAAUCUUCUCUAUAAAUUCGACUUCAAACUUCCUAAUGGAAUGAAACCAGAUGAGAUCAACAUGGAUGUCAUGACUGGGCUCGCUAUGCACAAGGCCGAGCAUCUCAUGCUUGUCCCCGAGAAAGUGAACGUGUGACAAUUUGUAAGGUCAAAUAAAUCUGUCAUCUUUUUUUUUUUCAAAUAAAACUAUCAUCACUAUGUUAUAUCUUUGUAAGGUCGAACAUAUCAUCCGUAUGCUACAUAUAUCAUCAAUUUAUUUGCUACUAAAUAUGAAGUUGUAUCGCUGUUACAAAAUAAACUGUAGAAGCCGGAAAACCGGAUUGACAUAAACGAUAGAAUAAAAUCGUUGUUAAGGAAAUAAACGAAUGUAAAAGACGAAUACAAGAACGAUAAGAAAUCGUAUUCGCA